AUGCCGACCGGUCGGAAAAGGAGCCGACCAAAGAAGAAACGCGCGCUCAAACGGUAAGUUGAUUCACUUUAAACGUCUAUAACUUUCUUUACAAUUUAUCGAAAACUUUGAAAAUUUGACAUAAUGUGGCAAAUGGCCUACAGUUUAUAAUUUCAAAAUUUUAAAACUAUAUUUAUUGCGAAAUUAUGAAAAAAUGGCCGAAAACUUAAAAAUUUUAGAAAAAUCGGCGGUUUUGGCCUGUUUUUGAUACUUCUGCCAUUCUUUUAUGAAGCCAAAUUUGAAAACAUUUAAAUUGGUAGCUAGCUUAAAGAGUAAACUUUGAAUUGCCGUUUUAAAAAUUAAAAAUUUUUGAUUUUGACAUAGCCAAAUUUAGAAAAAACGGCUAUAAACCUCAAAAUUUUGUAAAAAACAGAGGAUUUGGGCUGUUUUUGAUAUUUUUGCCAUUCUUUUUUAGAGCAAAAUUUGAAAAAAUUUAAAUUGGUAGCUAGCCUAAAGAGUAAACUUUAAAUUGCCGUUUUAAAAAUUUAAAAAUUUUAAAUUUUAUCAUACAUAAAUUUCAAGAAAAACCGCCAAAAAACUCCAAAUUUUCGAAAAAAACCGCUAUUUUUUCAAUAUUUUUGCCAUUUUUUAAUCAAAUCCAACAAAAAAGGCCAUUCUUUUUUAUACCUAAAAGCUUCAAAAUCAAAAUAUUUAUCUAAAAGCUACAACAAAUAUUAAAAAUGUCAUUUUGCUUCAGGACAGUCCGCCGAAAAGCUGCGAAAAAGGCGUUGAGCAACAAGAGACCGCUGAAAAAGAAGAGAGCGGCGAAGAAAAAGACGAAGAAACCGAGUGGAAAGAGGAGAGACGACGGAGAAAAGAAGAAAACCAAGACUGAUCAAGCACUAGAAGUACUUCAACUUGAUCAAGUAGCACCGGAGAAGAAAGAUGGUGCUGAGAAAGGUGCAGUGGGACCAGUGGUACCUGUUGUACCGAAUGUUGGAUUGCUUUAUGUAAGGUUUCUUAUAGGUGGAAAAGUGGCAAGAACUUUCAUUACAAAACAAAAAAUAGCAAGAACUUUCUUUACAAAUCAAAAAAUAGCAAGAACUUUCUUUACAAAUCAAAAAAUAGCAAGAACUUUCUUUACAAAUCAAAAAAUAGCAAGAACUUUCUUUACAAAUCAAAAAAUAGCAAGAACUUUCUUUACAAAUCAAAAAAUAGCAAGAACUUUCUUUACAAAUCAAAAAAUAGCAAGAACUUUCUUUACAAAUCAAAAAAUGGCAAGAACUUUCUUUACAAAUGACUCUUUUUGAUUUUCAAGUCCCGCAGGUCGCGCCCACACUUUAAACAUGCUGUAAAAUAAAAAUGGCAAGAACUUUCUUUACAAAACGUAAAAUUGUCAGAAUUGCGCAAAAGUAAACGAAAUGUAACAAAAAUUAUUGUUUUUUUUUCAUAAAAUUUUUUUUAAUCUUAACUUUCAGGACUUGGAUAUGAACAAAGAAGAGCUAGAUGUUGUGAUAGAAGAAGUAAAUGAGAAGUUACGUACUAUACAUGCCAACGUACUGUGCUGUGUAUGUCAAAAGAACAUUGAAUGGAGAAUGUUUUUAAGACAGUGUGUUCACUUCGUAUGUCUACAAUGCGUCUACCCUUAUUUAAAAAUGAAAAUUUUGGAUCAGAAGAAGGUCAGUUUUUCAGUUUGGAUUUGUAAAGAAAGUUCUUGCCAUUUUUUGUUUUGUAAAGAAAGUUCUUGCCAUUUCCCGUUUUGUAAAGAAAGUUUUUGCAAUUUUAAAUAUUUUAACAUUUAAGGCUAGAAUACCCUGCCCAGUACCAGAUUGUCAUCGCCGAAUACAUGAAAAUGACAUUGAUGCACUAUUAAACAAUCCGUCGUAUGACCUUAACAUGUUUAUGUCAUCAGAAGAGCGAAAGAGCUUAUUAACAGCUCACCACCUUCAUACUGUAGAAUAUGCACUUGGCAAUGACAGUACACAGGCAGCAUGUCCACAAUGUAAUGUAAGUAGGGUAGGGUAGAGUAGGGUAGGGUAGGGUAGGGUAGGGUAGGGUAGGGUAAGGUAGGGUAAGGUAGGGUAGGGUAGGGUAGGGUAGGGUAGGGUAGGGUAGGGUAGGGUAGGGUAGGGUAGGGUAGGGUAGGGUAGGGUAGAAUAGAGUAGAGUAGGGUAGGGUCUGUAAAGAAAGUUAUUGCUAUUUCAGUAUAUGGUUUCAGAUACCGUACCCACUAGAGCCCGGCUGUCACUACGUACAAUGUGUUCACAAGAAAUGUAAAACCUGGUUCUGUAGUGGUUGUAAACAACCCGCCCAGGAUUUUUGGCAUUUUUCAACAGGUAUUUAACUGUAUUUCACUAAAAAUGACCAAUUUUUGCUUUUUUUGGGUUCUGCAGGCUGCGGGUGACAAGUUAUACGAUGAAGACGGUUUUGACUGUAGUUUUUAUCUCACUGUUGAUAACGUUAUAAAAUGCGUACUCAAGUCUUAACUAAGUACUAAAAAACCGAUUUUAGGCGGAAAAUGUCUAAUCGGAUCCACCGACGUCUACCGUAUAUCGUACCUUCUUCGUAUGUUACUAACCACCCCAGUAUUCGGCCUAAUACUCAUUGCACCAGGAUUCUUCUGCACCAUACUCAUAUUACUACCUCUAUCAAUAGCAUUCAUGUUCACAACAACAAUAAUCAAAAGGAUAUCACAUUGUUUGAACAACAUUUGGGCAACAACGGCUAUAACAAUAUUGAUCGGAUGGGUAAUAUUAUUGAUCGGCUUUGUACUAGGCGUCUUGACAAUACCGUUCAGUAUCAUUGUCGUGCUAUUGUAUGCACAACUGGUCGUGUUUCGAUGCGUUCCGACCAAACUUUUGGUAAGUUGCGGCUGACAGGUUUCAUCGUAUAAGAUGUCGUCAAUGUGACGUUUUGAUGGAUUUAGAGGGGGGAGGGGUGGGAUUUUGAAAAGGUAUGAUGUACAUGGAUGUAAUAGACUAUAUUAUAAGCCUUUUUUUUUAAAAGUUGUUAAAAUGACAUCACGGGACAUGUUAUACGAUGAAAGGUGUUUUUUGCCAUUUUAGCUAUAUAUGCUAUGGAUAUGCCAUUAUAUAUAUAAAAAUAAGUUAGAAAUGAGUUAUAGAUUAAAAAUUUCAAAAUUUUUUAAAAUUUUUGUAAAGAUUGAGUAAUAAUCGAUAUUUUAGGUAACAAUAGCCAUGUCGAUUGUCACCAGAGUCUUAACGGCCUUAGGGAUCGGGUCGGUUGUAGAGACCGUCUCCAACGUACGACACGCCAAACUGAUGGUAAAAGUCGACCAAUACCAAGAGGAACAAGAAAAAUCAGAGGAACUUCAUCCAGGUAACGUUCUAUGGCCGUUCUCGGCUGCUUUAUGACCGUUCUCUGCUGUUCUCGGCCAUUUUUCAUCGAAUAUGAUAGUCUUAAAACGAAUUUCAGAUAAAAUGACAAAGCUUGAUGCCAAACUCAAGAGAAUUUAUCAAGAAGAUCGAGAAGCUCAUCGUCAAACAGCUGAAUUUGUGGAUAAUUUGAAAAAAAUGGGCGAUUUUAAGGAUUCAACGGCCGUUUAA